CGCAGGAUGAUGCCGUAGCUCGCCAGUCGCCACGGAUAAAAGCAAAAGAGGAAGCAACAGCAAGGUCUAGCACUACGGCGAUCAUCAAACGACAACGCUGCAACAGAGCUGGACAUUCCAAUUGGCUCAUGGAAGCAUCUCUCAGCACGUUGCACGCGGCUGCUGCCACCGGGGCCAGCGCCGCUCCUCUCUCCCUGCACCGCUGCCGCGGCGGCGCGCGCACCAGGGCCCCCGCCGUGCGCGCCCAGGGGGCGGCGCGGGAACCGGAUCCCCGUGCGGUGCCGGUGGCCAACGGAGGAGGGCCGCCGGCGCUGCCCAGGGCCGCGCUGAGGGUGGGCGCCGGCGUGGCGCUCGCGCUCGCGCUGGGCGGCGCCUCGUGGACGGCGCGCGGCGGGAGCGCCGCCGGCCCUGGCCCUGCCCUGCAGCCGGCCAUGGUGUGCGCUCUCAACGCCGUCACCGACGGCGCGUCGCGCGCCGGCGCCGCGACCAUGAAGACGAGCGUGGACGCGCUCUCCGACUCGCUGUUCCGCCGCGAGGACUCGCCCAGGGACCGCGCCACGCUCAUGGACCUCGUCUUCGAGCAAGUCACCAAGGAGCAUAUCACCGACAGGGGCAAGCUGACGAGCCUGCUUCAGAAGGAGUUCUCGGCGUCGCGCGACUCGGAGAGGAAGCUUGACCUGGGCUUGCUGCUCACUGACGUUCUGAUCAAUCAGAGAGACUGGCAGAGGGCAAAAGAAGUUUGCCAGCAGCUCACCGGCCGCUCCCAACGUGACUCGAGGCCUUACCUUCAUUUGGCUGUGAUCAACAUGAUGAUGGCAGUGGAAGGCAUGCUGUCCCCAGACACGGCCACCACCGACGACAUCGAGAAGAUGACCAAGAACGCCAUGGACGCCUGGAAGGAAUUCAAGAACAAGAGCGAGCUAGCCAAGGGGUCCGCAGACUCCGCCUGAUGUAACACCGUGCUUGCAGUUUGCCAGAAGCCGAAGAUUUCUGUUGAGUGCUGACUUAUCCAGUGAUGACUGAUGAAUUUGUGUGCUCUUGUGAACCUGUCCAAGUAGUUGCUUGUGAUGUUGUUUCAGUUCCAAUGCUUUUUCACUAAAUGUUCUAAUGAAGAAAAUUAUUUUUCAAA